UGUAUUACUUGUUAUACUGGGCAAUUUUUUUUUUUUGAUUAAAUUCAUUUUAUUUUCUCUCUCUGUACUUUUACUCUCUCGGGGGCUCUACGUGCCUGGAGGACCAGAGGAACUUUUCGUUCCCAGAAUUCCUCAGAGGAAGGACUUCUUGGUGUUUGUGCAGAACCGCACUAUUAAAUCCAUCUUUGUACAAAAAAAACUUGUUUGUGAAGACAUUUACACCAAAAUCACUCCUGUUCCGAAACAUCAGCCCGCUUCUCCGCUCUCUAUCACUCCGUUCAUGCCUUCAACCGACCCGCUAGUGGCUAACAAGCUAAACAGGCACAUGCUAGCUGCUUCCGGCGCACUUUGAUGACGCGACAGUGCGGUUUAAUAUGAUAUUUAAAGAUUUGUAUGCAUAAAAGUCUUUAGGGAGUUUUUGUGUUGGUUUUUAAAUGUAUUUGGACCUCAUGAUACACAAAACGACUCCGUGACACGACUAUACUGCUCGCGGAUGCUGCGGUGAGUUUGACGUCAUCACCCCGCGACGGAAUUUUCGACCAAUCGGAAGUCAGAAGCGGCCUUCUCGGGGUUUUUAUUGUGGAAGCGAAGAAAACACGGGGGUCGCGUCUGCAGCUCGGGUGUGGGGUGUGUUUGCGUUCAUUCGCGUUUUGUUUUUGUUGUUGACUGGUUAGAAAAGGAAUGCGCUUUAAAAGCACACGGGACUCGGUUAGUGAUCUACGGGGCGCUUGAGUAACGCUAGCGGUAACCGGAGCUCUGAAUGGGUUGACGGUGUUUGUGCAGCACCACCGCGCUCACGUUAUUUCACGUUAACCAGUCGCAAAAAGCGGAGCCGAGAGAGCGGUUGGAUCGAGCGGAAUUUCGCGAUGAACUCGAAGCGGAACAACGCGGGCGAGAACGGAGGAGGAGGAGGACGCGUGAACCAGGCGAGCAACACCCCGGCGGGCGGCGCGCACCGGAAGCCGGGCGUCGCGAGCUCCCCCGGUAAAGCUGGAGCGCGCGUGGACCGGACCGAGCACGCGCACGACAUCAGGAGCACCACCGUGUCCGUGUCCUCACUCAGGUCCCGCCUUGGUCCCACCAUCAGGUCCGCUCUGUCUUCUGCUGUGGAGACACUGCUGGGCGAGAUCGCUGCAGUGAUGUCAGAAACCGAGGAUGAGCUUCUAUCCAAAGAACGUGAGAACGAGAGGCUGAAGGCACGACUGGACACCUCGGAGCGUGAGCUGAAGACGCUGCAGGAAUGCCUGUGCAGUGCUCAGAAGCUGAUCGAUCAGCUGCAGGGUCCGUUCAACACUCAUCCCCCGCUGCCUUCUCCCAUGCCCGGGCAGCACGGCUACGCCAACCCAGCGCAGCCCCCCAACGCGGCUCGCCUUACGCACCGCGGCGCAGGGGACGACACCGACCCCCGCUGCUUCUCCAACAGCGAGGCGGAGCUGAGCGGUGCGCUGGGCGACGCCAUACAUGGUUUUGAAGCCAGAGAUGAGUUCAAAAGCUGCCACCUGUCCAUCCAGGCGGACGGCACCGUCACCAACAGCUACUACGAUCCUAUGACUGUGCACGCUUCCGGCAUGUGCCACGACGUCAACAGGGCAGGUGAGAUGAGCGAUCGACGUCUGUCCCAUCCUUCAUCACACUCUCCCUACGGAGUGAAAGAGGAACAGGUGGGUCCCACCUCAGGUCCGGUGCGUGUCCGAGGCGAUGGCGAGCACGGUGGCCAGAGCGAGUGUGACCAGGGUUACGGUCACAUGGUGGAGGAGCAAGGCGUCCCACGUUCUCGGAGACAAACCGCCAAACACACCCCCUCUUCCGGCUCACAUAACGGGCCCUCUUCUUCCUCCGCUGGAACUCCUCCCCAGGGUCCGCCCGGCCUCCGUACCUCCUCCAGAGUCGUGUCUGGAACGUCCUCUAGGCAGAGCCCCGGUACGAGCGACUCCUCCCCCGAUGGCCGGCGUCAUCGGCGCCCACCCACUGAGCUGAUGGGCGAGGUGGCCGGCGAUCGUCCUCACCUCUGUCUGGAGUGUGGCAAGACGUUCCGCCUGCUUUCGAGCCUGAAGAAGCACCUGCGCAUCCAUACGGGCGAGAAGCCGUACCCGUGCAGCGUGUGCGGUCGGCGGUUCCGCGAAUCCGGUGCGCUCAAGACGCACCUGCGCAUCCACACGGGCGAGAAGCCGUACGCCUGCAGCGAGUGCGGCGCGCGUUUCCGCCACCUGGACGGUUUGCGCAAGCACGGGCGCACGCACACGGGCGAGAAGCCGUACGCCUGCGGAGUGUGCGGCAAACGCCUCAGCCGGCUGCAGCACCUCAAGCACCAUCAGCGCAUCCACACCGGCGAACGCCCGUGCCGAUGCCCUCUGUGCCAGCGCUCGUUCCAGGACGCCGCCAGUCUCAGAAAGCACCUGAUCAGCGUGCACCAAGGAGAAGCCGGCGCCGAGGAAGCCCACGAGAGGAUGGCGGGCUCCCAGCUCGGAGAGCAUGACCUGCAGGGCUCCGUGGAGGACGAGGAGAUAAGGUUUGAGAUGUGGGAGGAAGAGCGUGAUGAAGGCGACGCCGCCGUGGACUGCGUGUAGAAUCCCAGAUCAUCUGCAUUGAGCAAAAAAAAAAAAAAAGCAUCCCGGUUUUCUGGAGCGUGUUUUUCCAGAGCGCUUCAAUUGUAUUAUAUCCUGAUGAGUAACCAGAUUCCCGAGAGCCGCUGUUGACUGAAGGACUAACGCUUCUGAGGAUCGGUUUGCUCUCUGUGACGUGACAUGAACGCAUUUUCGGUGUCACCAUUCUCACAAACGUACUUCCCAGUUCCUGGUUGUAUGUCGUAGUUAGUAAUAAUGUAAUAUGGGUACAAUAGGGAAUCAAACUAUUUCCAUCAUGGAUACUAUUAAUAGUCUCUUUCUCUUAUGCAUACAUUUAUGUCGCUCCCCCAAAGGCAUAAAUCAGUUGGGAAAUACGAAAAAAAAAAGGCCCUGUGCCCAUAAAAAAACUAAAAACGCUCACGUUCGCAAUAAAUAUUUACUUUCCACAAUAUUCUAUUUAAGGUUUGGAUUUUUAAACUUGAGAUUUCAAAAGUCCUGAUAUUUUCACAACCUUUUUUUUUCUUUUUGCUCAUAAUGAAUUGCUUCAUUUUAGCUCAUUUGCAUGUAAAAAAUUUUCUGGUCCUGAAAUUGCGUUUUUCUUUAGCUCUGGUCUUUUUUUUUUCUCUCAUUCUCUCAAACAGCAGCCUGGUUUUGAGUUUUGGUGAAGGAGGUGACGUCGUUUGUGAGGAAAGAGAGUGGAUGUCAAGUGAAGGGCUGAAUAGAAGUAUGAAAAAAUUACAUACCACUGCUUUAAAAUAGUCUAAAGGGAAAGAUAAUAUUCACGAAAGUAUUGAUUGGGUCGCGUCGAGUAAACUGUAGUAAUUUAGUUUAGAAUGACAAAAAAAAAUCUCAGACCUGAAAAGUGAAGACUUGAUGAAAGUUCAAGACGUGAUCCAGGCACGUCUUUGUCCCAUAAAGCGAGGGGGUAAAGAGAGAACCCUUUGGUUGAGUCACUGUCGCUGUGUUUAUUGUGAAACAAAUGUAUAAAUAAAGUCCUCAGAAAAGAAACCAAAAAAGAGAAACAUGCAGCCCUCUUCUGGUCAAUCAUUGUAACUGCAGGUUGGAAAUUAAUAAAGGUGGUGUGGUUUUUUUUUUUUUUUUAUUAUUAUUAUUAUUUUUUUUUAAAGCCCUUUUUUUAAUACUUCCCGGCUUAUUAAUAUUCUUAUUUUCUUUCUGUACAGUUAAUAAAUAAACCAAAUCCUUAUCCUUUUUUUGGGCAGGAAAAACAGUAUGUUUUGAGGUUUAUAAAGAUGGAUUUGGUUUUUUUUUUUGUUUGUGGUUUAUUUUUUCUCAUUUCAUUUGUCUGUUUUUUAUAUCACCCUUGUUGAUAUUUUUAUAGUUUUUUUUUUUUUGCUAUUUUUUAGUAUAAAAAAAAAAAAAGAACCGAGACGUUAUAACGUUUAGAACUCUGCUGCCCCCUUGUGGAUUCAUAAAAUAACGUAUUUGUAAAGCUGUUUUUUUUUUUUUUUUUUUUUUUUUCUUGUUUGUUUAUUUUAAUUAUAUUUCUGUUGUGUAUGGCUGAAUACAGUAUAACUAGAGGAAAAAGUUGAUGUCAGAAUCUUUAGAUUUUCUGCAUAUUUCAAAACCUAGGGAAAAAAAACCCGGGGAUGAAAAUCUUUAGGUUCUUGUGUUCGAAUUCAAGAACAGAUUGAUUUUUUUUUUUUUUAUUUACAUUUGUUUUGGUUUUAAUUCUUGAUCUCCUAUAAACAUUUGUGAAUAUAUAUAUAGCAUAUAAAGCAAUGUUUCACGUUUUUUUUAACAGAAGUUUUUUUUUAUGCCGUUCACAUUUUUGUUGCAUGUUUCACUCGAUAUUCUACCCCAUUACUAUCCCGCAAGUUUGUAACCCUUCCCCACUUUUUUUUUUGUUUUUGUUUUUGUUUAGUGUAUAAAAAAUAAAUGCUCUGUAGUAGAUACUCUAAAACUAAUCCCACCAUAAGCUGUGUUUUAUUAACACUUCCUCUUGUAAAUAAACUUUCGAUAUGUAUCUGGUUUUAGUGUUGAAUAAAUGUGUGUAAAUUGAAAGUUUGUUAAAAUGUUCCAUACAACUGAAAAAAUUGUUUUACUGUUACUGUGUUACCUUUUUCCCCCCAAUAAAAGCGAGCAUGUGGUUUUUUCUUUUUUUGUAAA